AUGACGCCCCCGUGGCCUCUGCCCCUCAACAUCCCCCCCGAGGCUCUCCAAGAGCUCUCGAAAACACUCACUCCUACCGGUAUUGCCGACUACUCAGCCCUAGCCAUCUUCUCCGUGGCAGCUACCACAUAUCUCUCUCGGGGCUACCUCUGGGACCAGCCGGAUCCAUACCAACAUCUCGUGUACGAACGACCACAGCUCAAGGAUGGAGGGGCCGCCGGCUCCGCCACAAAAGAAACCCGAAACAUCGCCAAGAAAUUGGAAGAGUCCAACAAAGACAUGGUCGUCUUCUGGGGCUCCCAGUCUGGCACCGCUGAGGGGUUCGCCAACCGCUUGGCGAGAGAGAUCUCCUUGCGGUUUGGCCUCAGUGCCAUGACAGCAGACCUGUCCGAUUAUGACCCCGAGACGAUCGCUGAGGUUCCACAUUCAAAGCUGGUCGGGUUCCUUCUCUCCACCUAUGGCGAGGGAGAUCCCAGUGAUAACACGGCGGAGUUAUGGGAUUGGGUCAACAAGACUAAGGACCAAGGGCAGCUGUUGUCGUCUGUAAGGUACUUUGCCUUCGGUCUGGGAAACAGAAACUAUAAAUACUAUAACCGUGUCGUCGACGUCGUGGCGGAGGCGCUGGAUAAACUAGGUGCGACAGCAGUGAUGCCGGUCGGAAAGGCCGAUGAUGCUGAAGGUGCUACUCAGGAGGACUUUAUGACCUGGAAGGAGAGCCUGUUUGCCGUACUGAAGGGUCUGGGUUUCCAGGAGCAUGAGGUUCAAUACAUGCCCACCUUAUCUGUACAAGAGGACGAAUCCCUGGAGCCAAUUGACCUGCACCAUGGAGAGCCGGACGCAGGCUCCCUUAAGGCUCAGUGCUCGUCCAUCCGGCCUUUGGCCAUCUCUGCAUCUCGGGAGCUGUUUAACUCCUCCGACCGACACUGUCUUCACAUAGAUCUGGAUCUCACCAGCCAACCGGAGUUCACAUAUAAAACUGGUGAUCAUCUUGCCAUCUGGCCCGGAAACCCUGACUCCGAGGUGGAGCGUCUCCUCCAGGCCCUGGGUCUCUCAUCGCGUCGUGACGUGCCUAUCAGUAUCAAGUCGCUUGACACCGCCACGAAAGUGAAGAUUCCAUCCCCAACCACCGUCGCAACCCUCCUCCGCUACUAUCUCGAGAUCUGCGGUCCCGUAAAUCGGGACAAUAUCCUGGGACUGGCACAGUUCGCCCCGACCCCGGAAGCAAAAGCAUAUCUCCAACAACUCGGUCAGGAUAAGGCCAGCUAUGCUGCAUUUAUUAACAAGAACCAUGUUAACCUCGGCCGACUGCUGCAUCAAGCCAGCACUGACACAUGGAACAUCCCCUUGUCAUACCUUGUCGAAACACUCCCUCUCAUGCAACCACGAUACUACUCUAUCUCAUCAAGCAGUGUAAUUUCCCCGCGCAAGGCCUCCAUCACAGUCGUCGUCUCGACUACCCCCGUUCCCGAGAAUGGAGACGAGCUGAUCCACGGCAUUACGUCCAACUACCUCCUCGCUGUCUCGGAGAACCUCCGCUCGGCUCCUCACCCAGAAGGACUCACAUACCACCUCAACGGACCAAGCGAUUCCCUACAAGGCGGAAAGCUGCUCUCGCACCUCCGCACAGGUCUGGCGCCGUUCCGGGCAUUCAUCGCCGAGCGUCGACAGCUCCAGCAGAUCGGAAAGGAAGUUGGCGAGAUGCUGCUUAUCUUCGGAUGCCGGAGGCCGGAUGAGGACUUCAUCUACCGGGAUGAGCUGGAAGAGAUGAGGAGGGCGCUAGGAGAGAAGUUGCGCAUCGUCACCGCCUACUCGCGUGAGGGCAAAAAACAAUACGUCCAAGAUAAGAUCCCCGAGGUGGGAGAUGAUGUUUACAGAUUGAUCGAUGAGGGAGCCAACUUUUACAUCUGUGGAAAGGCCGAGAUGGCAAGGGAGGUCGAGAAGGCGGUUGCGGGAGUGAUGAGCGUGAAGGGUCAGGAUGAGGCGAAUGAAUGGAGGACGAGAAUGAAGAGGCGGAACAAGUGGCAGGAGGAUGUGUGGUGA